AUGGAAGCUUUUAUCAACGAAAUUGUAGAACCACGGAUUAUUGAUCUAAUAGUGUUAAUUUUACCGAAAUGGAAGCUACUGCUUUACAUCUUUUUAAUGAACGUCAUCAUCUUCUCCCCAAUCUACUUCUUCAGUGUGAUCCUGAUCGACCGCUGGGGAGAGCUGCAGUUAAUCUGCCCAUCGGCCGCGCUGUUCGGAUUCAACUUAAUUCACCGUGCUCUAUUUGUGCGGUACAACCUCAACAACACACGGUCGAUAUUCCUAGGUGUAGUAAUUCUGGGUGCAGGAAUCUCAGCAAGCGGCAUGGUCGCCAUGUAUAGUGCAAGCAACCGAGAAAGCUUCCUAAUGGUGUUGCUAUUAUACAGCUUAAUAGGUGGUUAUGGGUACCAUCUGAUAUUCUCCAAAGUGUGGAAAUUGCUAGCCAAAAUUUUCAACGCAAAGAAGGAAAUGUUUGUGAUAAAAUUUCUACAUUCAUUUGGACAAUCGAUGACGUUGCUGUUCCUACUGGUAACAUUUCACUGUCCGUGGAAAGAUUACAUAUUCGGUGCACUUUUGAUUUUGUUCGGUGGAGUACUGCUAAAUAUUAUUCCGAUGACUAUCUUGAUCGUAAGCGAAAAGAAAUACCUGAAAUUUGAUCAAGAUUCCAUGAUCCAAAUAACAGAGAAAGGAAAUGAAUCGUUUUACAAUGACGUAUCGAAAAGUUACGUAAAUUCAGAUGCUAACGAGCAACAAGUGAUAGAACAAGAUACGGUACAAAUGCCUAUGACGAGUUGGAAAAAUCCGGCUACCUACAGCCGUCAGGAAGAACCCGAAGAACCAAUAAAUAUCGAAGAUGACUUCGAUGAAGAGAUUCUCAGUCGCGAAGGUAAAUUUUUCAAUCCGGAUGGAGUCGAAAUUUUAGAAAUCAUCAUGGAAGAAGAUGAAGAAAAUAUGGCAGCGUAUGAGGCAGCUACUGCAAACACUGUGCUGGCCUACAAACUCAAUGAAAAAGAUCAGUGGACGUUUGUUCAUCAGUUCAUUGAAUCCAUCACGGGCUUGUAUCGAAGUUUACACAUCAGAGAACAUUUCAAUACGAAAAUAGUGAAUUCCAUCCGUUAUGCAUUUACCGACAUGAAAUUCUACAGUUGUUUAUUGUUAAAAUCGACCGAUUUGUGUAUUUUUGUGCUUUUCUUGACUCUACUACCGCGUUUCAUGUCAUAUCACUACUAUUACCGAGGGAAACCCCGGCAGAUGCUCCUAAUGUCGUUUGUCAUCAUUUCUUCUGCUUGGGCCAGCUGUUCGCUGCUGUUGCUCUGGUGCGACAUCAAAUUUCGCAAACAGCAGGACAAGUUACUCAUCUUCAGUAUUCUGUUUAAAACAUUCGGCUACUUUUGUGUAUACUCCACCCGGUCCAGCUUCUGGACCGUAUCCGGAUGUCUACUAAUCGGGGUAGGUCAUGCCGUUAGCUGUUCCUAUCAGGAUUUGGUCAUCAAGCGGAAGUUUAACGCACUCAAAUGGAGGCUGAUCAAGAGUGCGCUUUGCCUCACUAGUGGUUCACUGGUGGUGUUGUUGGCUAUUUUGGUCAACGUGGCUUACGUUUAUUGUAGGAUAGACUAUGUGUUGCUAGCGGUACUGCUGGUGUACUGCUUUAGUGGGAGUCUGUGGCUCGUAUGCAAUUACAAGAUUAUAUUCCGAUAG